GCAGUGUAAGUCAUCCUUCUACAGAAGUUCUUUGCUAUUCAUUCCCACCCCCUGAGAAGAUGCUUCCAGGGAGGAUCUUCUGCCUGGUCCUGUGUGUAGUGGGCACUGCCUGGGCAACUAAAGACGAAGGAAGCUUCCUAGCUGAAGGAGGAGGUGUUCGGGGUCCCAGAGUUGUGGAACGCGUCUCCUCCUCCUGCAAAGAAGGUGACUGGCCCUUCUGUUCUGAUGAAGAUUGGACAUAUAAGUGCCCUUCUGGAUGCAGGAUGAAGGGACUGAUUGAUGAAACCAAUGAAGAUUUCACUAAUAGAAUCACCAAGAUCAGAAAUUUGUUGUUUGAUUAUCAAAGGAACAAUAAAGAUUCUAGCUCAGUGACCAGGACCAUCAUGGAGGUUCUGAGAGGGGACACAGCCAACGACUAUAAUAAUGAUAAUGCGUUUAGCCAAGUGUCCGAUGAUCUGAGGAGAAGAAUUGAAACCUUGAAGCGCAAAGUGACUGAACAAGUACAAAAAAUCGUUUCUCUGCAGAACGAUAUCCGUAAUCAGCUGGUGGAGAUGAAGCGACUUGAGGUGGACAUUGACAUCAAGAUCCGAUCCUGCAAAGGGUCAUGUAGUAGAUCGUUAGCACGUGAACUCAACAUAAAGAGCUAUGAAGAGGAACAGAAGCAACUUGAGCAGGUGGCAGCCAUCAACUUAUACCCCAGCAGAGAGGUCCAAUACUUGCCCAACUUGAAAAUGCAGAUUGCAAAAGAUCUGAUUCCCGGGAAGUUCAAAAGCCAGCUUCAGGAAGCCCCAGAGUGGAAAGCAUUAAUGGAAAUGAAACAGAUGGAAAUGGUGUUGGAGACACCAGGCAGAGAUAGGAAUUCCCCAGCAGGUGCCUCACCUUCUGGAACAGGCUCGGAGCCUGGAAGCACCAGACCUGGAAACUAUAGACCAGAAAGUCCUGGGAGUGGAAUUUCUGGAACCCAGAAUUUUGGAGGCACUGAAUCACGGUACAUAGAGAACUCUGGAUCUGGGAGCUUCAGGCCUGACAGCCCAGGGCAUGGGAGCUAUGGAUCUGGGAGCUUCAGGCCUGACAUCUCAGGGCGUGGGAACUAUGGAUCUGGGGACUCCCGGCCUGACAUCUCAGGGCGUGGGAACUAUGGAUCUGGCGACUCCAGGCCUGAUAGCUCAGGGCGUGGGAGCUCUAGGCCUGCCAACCCAGAUUGGGGUCAUCAGGAUUGGAGCAGAUAUGACGAAUCAUCAGCAAGUGGGAGCUCAAGUAGAGGCGGAGGUUUCCAGACCAGCAAACUUAUUUCUGGAGGAGAUAAAGAGUUUGUAGUGAGUAAAGAAAAGGCCGUAUCUGGUGCCACCACCACACGCCGUUCAUGUUCCAAAACUAUCACCAAGACUGUUGUGGGUCCUGAUGGCAGAAAGGAAGUGACCAAAGAAGUGGUCAACUCAGAAGAUGGUGCCGAUUGUGGUGACAUACCAGAUUUUAAUUUUGAGCAUCCUGAGAGCGGCUCAUUAUCUUUCACAGGCAUAGGUAGCCUAGAUGAAUUCCAUCGUCUACAUCCUGAACAUGCUAAAUUCUUCAGCACUGGAUCAACUGGAUUCCACAGUUCAAGCAACCGAGGGGAUUCUAGCUAUGCCUCAGAGACAUCCCCAGAAUCCGGCAGUAAGGUUUCAGCAUCACAUCUGGAUGAUGAAGACACUGAUGACUUAAGCUCAUUUCACUUUGGGGAGCCUGUCUUUUCCCCUGCAAGUGAAGGGAGUGUUAGUCACAGAACAGUAGUAUCCAGUAGCAAGACUUUCAGCAAAGGAAGCAAGAGCUUGAAAAUGGCAGAUGAAGCUGAUGGGGAGAUCCACAGAGAGGAAAGCACAUUCAUCAAAGCCCGUAGUAGCAAAGGAAGUCAUAGUAGAACCCGCAGUGCCCGAGACUGUGAUGAUGUCCUGCAAAUACACCCUUCAGGUGCCCCAAGUGGUCUUUUCAGUAUCAAGCCAGCAGGAUCCAGUAAGUUUAUUUCUGUGUACUGUGACCAAGAGACCAGUUUGGGAGGAUGGCUUUUGAUCCAGCAGAGAAGUGAUGGAUCAUUGAAUUUUAACCGGACAUGGAGAGACUACAAGAGAGGUUUCGGCAAGGUCAAUGGCAAAGGGGAAGGAGAAUUCUGGCUAGGUAAUGAAUACCUCCACUUGCUCACUCAGAGGGAGUCUGUCCUUCGAGUAGAAUUGGAGGACUGGGAUGGGAAUGAAGUAUAUGCUGAGUAUAAUGUUCGUGUCGGAUCCGAGGCAGAAGGGUAUGUCCUACGGAUUUCCUCCUAUGGGGGAACUGCUGGGGAUGCCCUGAUCGAAGGUUCUGUGGAGGAAGGAACUGAGUACACAUCUCAUGCCAACAUGCAAUUCAGCACCUUCGAUCAGGACAAUGACCAGUGGGAGGAGAAUUGUGCCGAAAUGUAUGGAGGUGGCUGGUGGUACAACAACUGUCAGGGGGCCAAUCUAAAUGGUAUUUACUACCCGGGAGGGUCUUAUGACCCAAGGGACAACAGUCCUUAUGAGAUUGAGAAUGGAGUAGUCUGGAUCCCCUUCCGAGGUUCUGACUAUUCCCUCAGGACUGUUCGCAUGAAAAUCAGGCCUCUCGAGACCCAGUGGCCAGAAUAGAAGGAAAAAAAAAAAGACUCUUUUGUUGAUCUGUUGGCUUGUGUUGUGGAGUUGAAAAAGAAGAAGGCAGAUGGAAGGAGGAGUUAGGGGGAAUAGGUCUUUAUGAGUCCCAACACACCCCAGGUGCUAUUUGAUUUCCCUUUGUACUGUAGCUAAAUGCAACUGAGAUAUAUUUGUACUUCUAAAAAUAAAUUUCUAUGAUUUUUUCAUCUCUAAAAUAA